GCGAGUGAGACGAAGGAAGGAAGAGGAGAGAGAAAAUAUCGAUUUACGGCAAGAAGACCGAAGGGAGUAUAAUACAGGGGGCCUUUACCCUGCGUGAACUAUAAUCAGAUGUGAGGAGGGGAAUAAGGCAGUCGAUAAUAGUGCGGGCUGAUCUGCGGAUCUCUGUGUUUUUUUUCACCUGUGUAUCCGCCGGUGAGGGAGGAGGACACGCCAAAGGAGAGACGAGAAGAUGCUGUGAUCCGCCACUUGCAGGGAUGUAGAGAGGGAGAGACGGGGAGAGACAGGGAGGGGGAGGACUACGCUACGCUAAAGAUGGUUGUUUGGCGAGGAAUACGCGUUUCACCUCGAAAUAUUGUGAGAAUGUGGCGGCCGUCCGAUGAAUCUUACCGUUUGGCGAUGCCUAGAAACUUCAGGAGGUGUGGGUUUUUUUGACAGGCGGCGCGGGCGAGACGGCCGUUGGUCAAGGCGUUGAGGCUAACUCAAGCUAGCCUCGCUGCUGUGUGGGAGAGCGGCGGCGAGGCUAAAAUAGCAUGUUGUUGCACCUGUAAAAUAGGCCUGACAGAGAGAAUAAAAUUGAUUUAAUUUCCAGUGCUAACAUCAACUUGACGUAUUUGACGUUUUGUUGCAAGACUCAACCACCAAAUGACAAUACUCUUCGUACCAGACGUGAAAAAACCUUCUUGUUUUAAGGCUAUAUAACGUCAACGUUACACUGCGAUAAUUUUCUUAUUAACCGUCACAUACAGUUAACGUCAUACAUAUAACAAGGUGCAAGUUAUACAAAUAAACUAAUGUACAGAAGUAAAACUCAUUAGUUUUCCUACCUUGUCAUGUUUAUCUUUAUGGUAGUGGUCUGUAUUUAACGCAUAAAACAGCUUAGUAACUUAUUGUCAUCUCAGUUUUUCAGCUUUAGUCUAUCACUAGCACGCUGUUUUUGUUAAAUAUCAAUGAUAUACAUGUUUACCGUGCUUCAGAGCAAAAAGGCAAAGAUAUUUAGCCAUGUUUAUUAACCAGGUUUAGAUGAAGAAUGUUCAUUUGUCAUCCAGAUGUUGUAAAUCAGCCCUGGCUUGCGUUUUUUUACAUGUUCACCCAGUAACUUCAGAGUAGCAGUGUUAUCACUGAAAUAAAAGCUAGUCGUUAUUCUAUGUUGAGCACCAUCUUGUAUCUUACAGUAAGCUGUAUAAUAUCAAAGUACUUGCUAUAAUCACAGUGCAGUAGUAGUAGUAGUAGUAGUAAUAGUAGUGUAUUAGCCUCCAGUCAGAGCAGUAUGAGUAAGGAACUGUCUCUAAGUCAGUCAGCUCAAUAUGUUGGGCCCUAUCGACUGGAAAAAACACUGGGGAAGGGGCAGACAGGACUGGUCAAGCUGGGGGUCCACUGUAUUACGGGUCAGAAGGUAGCGAUCAAAAUAGUCAACAGAGAGAAGCUGUCUGAGUCGGUCUUGAUGAAGGUUGAGAGGGAGAUUGCCAUUCUGAAACUGAUUGAGCAUCCGCAUGUGUUGAAGCUGCAUGAUGUUUACGAAAAUAACAAAUAUCUGUACCUGGUGUUGGAGCAUGUGUCAGGAGGAGAGCUGUUUGACUACCUGGUGAAGAAGGGCCGGCUGACUCCAAAAGAGGCCAGGAAGUUCUUCAGGCAGAUCAUCUCUGCUUUGGAUUUCUGCCACAGUCAUUCCAUCUGUCACAGAGACCUGAAGCCUGAGAACCUGCUCCUGGAUGAGAAGAACAACAUCCGCAUUGCUGACUUUGGCAUGGCCUCCCUACAGGUGGGAGACAGUCUGUUAGAGACCAGCUGUGGAUCACCACAUUAUGCGUGCCCUGAAGUUAUACGGGGGGAGAAAUAUGAUGGGCGGAGAGCAGAUGUGUGGAGCUGUGGGGUCAUCCUAUUUGCUCUGUUGGUGGGUGCCCUGCCUUUUGACCACGACAAUUUACGCCAGCUCCUGGAGAAGGUGAAGAGCGGAGUGUUCCACAUGCCCCACUUCAUCCCCCCGGACUGCCAGUCGCUGCUCAAGGGCAUGAUUGAGGUCAACCCUGAAAAGAGGCUCACGCUAGAGGCCAUCCAGAAACACGCCUGGUAUCAGGGUGGUCGUAACGAGCCGUGUCCUGAGCAGCCUCCUCCCAGGCGAGUGUGUGUGAGGCGAAUCUUGUCCCUGACUGAGCUGGACCCAGAUGUGUUGGACAGCAUGCACUCGCUGGGUUGUUUCCGGGACCGAGUCAAGCUCACACGUGAUUUGCAAUGUGAAGAAGAAAACCAGGAGAAGAUGAUCUAUUACCUACUGCUGGACAGGAAAGAGCGCUACCCCAGCUAUGAGGAUGAGGACUUGCCUCCGCGCAAUGACGUAGACCCUCCACGAAAGCGCGUUGACUCUCCUAUGCUGACGCGCCACGGCCGCUGCCGCCCUGAGAGGAAAAGCCUGGAGGUGCUGAGUGUUACUGAGCAGGGGUCUCCCACCCCGCCUCGCAGGGCCCUGGACACAGCUGCACACAGCCAGAGGUCUCGCUCUGUCAGUGGAGCCUCCACUGGUCUCUCCUCCAGCCCUCUCAGCAGUCCCAGGUCCUAUCAGAGCCCCGUCUUCACUUUCAGCCAAUCAGACGUCACCUCUGCCACCGCUACCCCCCUCACAAAGGAGCCCAAACAGGGAAGCGCCAGUACUCCUCGCUCAGCACGGGCUCAUGACAAGCCCAAAGCUCCCCCCAACCCAAAGACCCAGACCCUGCCCACCAAGGGACCCGCCGACCGACCCCAUCUGCAGCCCAUCAAAUCCCUGCCUCUGCACAACCCAUCCUCCCGCUCACCUUCCCCUUCCCCGCUCCUGUCACCCAUCCCCCGUUUCUUCUUCCCUUCGUCCUCUGUCCUAAAGUCAGUGACUAAGAGCUUCUACCCAAACUCUGCCCACUCUGUGCCGCAGGUCACUCCCCAGGGCUCUCCGUUGCCCACACCCUUGGGCACCCCUGUCCACCACCCUCACCACCCCUCCUCCACCCCGCCCUCCUCUUCCUCGUCCUCGUCCUCCUCGCGGGCGGAGGGAGGGGGAGGGGUGGGCUCGCUGUCGCUGACCCCGCCCUCCAGCCCAGGAGGGGGAAGCGGCAUGGCGGCCAGCAGCUCUGCCCACUGGAGGACUCGCCUCAAUUCUUUCAAGAACAACCUGCUGGGUUCACCCCGUUUCCAUCGCCGUAAGCUGCAAGUUCCUACAUCAGAAGACAUGUCCAGUCUAACACCAGAAUCCAGCCCUGAGCUGGCUAAGAAGUCGUGGUUUGGAAACUUCAUCGGCUUGGAGAAAGAGGAGCAGAUCUUUGUGGUCAUCAGAGACAAACCUCUGAGUUCUGUCAAAGCCGACAUUGUGCACGCCUUCCUGUCUAUCCCAUCGCUCAGUCACAGCGUCCUCUCCCAGACCAGCUUCCGGGCCGAGUACAAGUCCUCCGGCGGCCCUUCCGUCUUCCAGAAGCCCGUCAAGUUCCAGGUGGACAUUGCCUUCUCAGAGGGCGAGAGGGAGCGGGACAGGGAGAGGACCGAGAGGGAGAGCAGGAGGGAGACCGGAAUCUACAGCGUGACGUUCACCCUCAUAUCAGGUCCAAGUCGCAGGUUCAGACGAGUGGUGGAAACGAUUCAAGCUCAGCUUCUCAGCUCCCAUGAUCAGCCCAUGGUGCAAGCCCUAUCUGAUCCCUUCCCAGAUGAGAAGAACGGCCGGCCCCAUGGGACCCCCACCCGCCAAAACUCGAGGCGCUCCGAGGGUGGGGGCGACAGGUGCGAGUGGGGCGACCGAACAGAUGGCGGAGGCAUAGGAGGCAGCGGGGGAGUUCUGCAGCGCAGAGGCUCGGCAAAAGAGAGAACCCGACUGCUGUCCUCCAAUGGAACCCAGUCCCAACCGUAGGAUAGAAAGUGAGACCAUGCAGCAGGAUGCCUGAACUACACCAGAAAGAAGACAGUAUAACUUCAUCUCCAAGUAUCCCUGCAAGCCAUGAGCUACUCCUAUUCUUCCUUGACUAAGUUAUUGAAGGUGCUUGACCAUAGCAAGGAUUGAGCCUUUUCCCCAUCAUGCUUUUUUUUCCAACUCUCAACAUUCUCUUGAUCUUUUGGAUCACCAGGAUUCCUACCAUUAAAUGAGAAAGAAGUGUUAGGGAAUCACCCUUUAAUGAAAAAAAUAAUAUGUGAAUGAGCAGUUUGGUAUCCAUCAUAGAUACAGCUUCACAGAUCAAACUAGGAAUUUUGAAGUGCUAAUGUGCAUGCCAGUUAGCAAAUCAGCCUGCUAAAGGAUGCUGACAUGAUCAGAUAGACUAGUCUACCAUAUCAUUGUAAUACAGUAUCUGACACCAAAAAGAAAUAAUAGUCUUGUGAUGGUUCUCAAGAUUACUCUUAAAAUUAACCAGUGCACUCAUAUCACUAUCAAGCAACACGCAAUUACCAAUCCAUACUGAAAGACAUAUAGAUGUAUCUCAGAAGAUGAACCCUAAAGAGUUAGCAACCUGCUACCACUUCAGUGAGUGCUGGCGAGCUGAACAAAAGGUCCUGACUUUCUCAGGAGAAACGACAUCCUGGAAUUCCAGCAGUGUCUUCUCCUGAGGUAAUGAAAACCAACAAAGUAAGCUAAGUAAGUGAAUGUGAAAAAAAUAUUUUUUUAUUUAGUUUUUAUUUAUGUUUACAUAUUUCUUUUGAAGAUGUCAGUAGCACAGUGAUAGCAGUAAAGACAGUAAAUGAAAACACUCUGCAGUGUUAGGAAGUGGAAGCUGACCAGUUGCUUUUUGGCAGGCAUUUGUUUCAAGUUAAAUGUUUUGAUUCUUUUGUAUUUUCUUUUUACUCAGAGACAAUAUGAAACAAUGCAUCUACGUUUUUUGCAUUGGACCGCUGUUGCUCUGAAGAAAAGUAUUUUUGAUUUGAACAGAAAUAUGAACAUUACUAUAUGAAGAAAAAAACAAAACAAAAAAAAAAACUAUGCGUGAAUAGCUCCAUGAACCUCAUCACAGCUGUUUGUGCCCAGAUUGAAUGAGAAGAACAUUCCUGACCUGUGGAUCAAACAGAAGCCACCUUUCUCGUCGAGCUUGUCUCCUAUUGCCAUAGUAUUCACGUACUGACUCAGAAUGAAAUAAAAGGAAAAGAAAAAAAAACAAAAAAAAACACACACACACACAAAGGAAAUAUUCAUCAAUGGACAUUUUCAUGAUGCCGGACUGUAAAGGCUUGCGAUGUCAAUUCCUUGUUGAACAGGACUUUAGAAUGGGAAGCAAGCAAAGAGUCUCCUUACCCCAUGCUCCUCACUUCAGUGUUCACCAACAAGCCAAGUAGUCCAUCGCUGCACUCACGCUCAUCACCGAGAGUCGCACCAUUCGGCAAACAGACGUAGCAACUCGGACAGUCACGUAUUACUCCAGUACUCUAUCAGACUAGUCGACGUUCAUCACCAGUCUUCCAUACAGCACAAUAUGCAACAAAAGUGCAGAAUGUUUUCAGAGAGAUACACAGUGCUACAGUUGUUUAUUUUAAUGGUAUUUUUUGUUUUUAUAUUUGUCCACUUUCCACUCUCUCUAUUCACCUAUUUAUUUUUAUUUAUUUAUUUAUUUAUUUAUUUGGUCAUAUCAUUUGUGUCAUGUAUUUGUUUACAGAAAAUAUGUCAAGAGCCAGUUAAAGAAACCUGUUCUGUUUCAUUUCUCAUUACCCACUCUUUUUAAUUUUUGAGCGCUUCUUUCCAUGCAAAGGAAUGGUUUUGAUAGCAGUACUGACAAGCAUUACUUCUCCAGUGAUCUUUGUUUAUAGCUCAUAUCUCUUUUGUCACGCUUAUCUCUGGUAACUGGAAUGUGUGUGUGAGACGGGAGGAUGAUGGCUGACUGAGAGUGAGCCGAUUGCAUUUUGAGCUGAGUAGGUACGGAGAUGUUGACUGACCCAAGAAUAUUAAAUUAAUUAACAUUGCCAAACCCUAACAGGCACAUAAUUUCUCUCACACGCAUUGAAUGCUUGCUAAUUCCGCUUCAUCUCUUGCUUUUAUGCCUUGCCCCUUUGACCUGUCUGUCCGCCUCUUCUCCUGUUGUGUAGCCAUUGUCACAAGAGAAACUGUAUGAAGUUGUUUGCCUCACUGUCUGCACACACUUUAUGAUUGCUCACCAUCAUCAGUUUCAUCUGUCUCAUCACCACAUCACCUUCACUUUCAUUGGCCCAACUCUGGCUAAGAUUGUAAACUAUUCUCCAUUCAUAAGGGUCAGUAGAAUAAGGUGUUUAAAAAAAGAAAUGUCUGUAUCAUAAUUUAAAUAUAAAAAGUGCACUAUUAUAACUAUUGCCUGUGAUAAAAAGAACAAUUAUGAUUGAAUUGAUGGUCAAAAUAAAGAGAGAUCCACCUUAUUGUUAUGGUUACAAUAAUAAACCCUAAAUUCAUGUGUGUGUGUAUUUAGUUUCUGGGAUAAAAUGGUGUCCAUUUUGCAUGGCUGUUUCUUUUACCUUGCACUAAUGCUGAGACAGCUACGGCAUAAAACAGUUUCACCAUC